UGUUCCUCGCUACUUGGCGUCUAAUUUCUUAGAAAAUCUUGUUCCUCGCUACUUGGCGUCUAAUUUCUUAGAAAAUCUUGUUCCUCGCUACUUGGCGUCUAAUUUCUUAGAAAAUCUUGUUACUCGAUACUUGGCGUCUAAUUCCUAGAAAAAUACACAAAAGUUCUCACUCCCUGAUAUCUCAUUCAGCUACUGCAAUAACCAACAGUUUUUGGAGAUUUUUCACCAUGAAAUAUCAGAGCUGCCUAUAGUAAAUGCUUAAAGUGUUAUUGCAUUCUGUAACCAGCGCACAAAAAGGUUAAAGAUAAGCUAGCGUCAAUAUUACCAUUGUUAUCCAGAUAAAAUGCUUUUUUGAUAAAAAAAGACAAUGGAAUCUUCUGGUAACUGUGUAAAAAUUAGAAUCGUUUAUUAAUCCCGCCCCCAUAAAAAUGCUCACUCAUUCCCUUAUUUUCUUCUUUAUGUUUUGCUGAUUUUGUCUGUAGCAUUUAUCUAUGUUUUACCUCUAUUUCUCUUAUUUAAAUAGGAAUUUAAAUUAGCUCGUUCUUAUCACAUGCAUUCUUAUUUUAUUUUCAUUUUGUCGUAUAUACUUUUACCUUUCUUAAAAAAAUAAUUAAGUCAAAUAGAGCAGAAUUAUGUUGUUUGACUUUCAAUUUCUAAUUCUACCGAAUUCAAUAAUUUCUACUGCUGUUAUUUUGCGAACUCUCAAAACUCUCUCCGACAGCUAAUUCGCCCUCUGGCUUCCGUCAUUUAAACCCUUAAAGCGUUUUCAUUGGCUAGCCUUAAAAUGGUUUCCCAAAAAAGGACUAAAGGAAAUUCUGUGUGCAUGACGGUAGCCAGAAAGCUAGUUAAAAAUUAUUGACAAGAUUAGCCGGGCUGCAAUAUCCCCUGUGAGAGAAAAAAAAAAUACUAAAAAUAAGUAACUCCUGACUUCAUGCUGUCCCUCUCCCCCUCCCCCCACGCUCUAACCCCUCCCUUUCCCCCUGGAAAAAACAGUACGCCCCUGUAGAGUGGUCUCAAAAGUAAUCUUAUCCAUAAUGAGUAUUCGUUUCUGGCAUAUGAAACUAAAAUAGACAAUUCUUUAGCCUAGGCAAAGCCCUCUUCUCGUUAGAUUAAAGCCAAAAAUCACUUAGGAUAAAUGCCUAACUCUAGCACUUUGCCUUUUACAAUAUCUGUUUCGGUAGUAGGGUGGUUUCCAAAAUCCCGUGCAACAAAAUGUAAUUGUUAAAGUGUAAUAGUCAAGCCAGAACAAAAAAGAACAGAGACAUUACAGUGUAUUAGAGUACUAAAUAAACUAAAUAGUAUUUCACGGGUUUUUGAAAACCACUUCGUUUGUAAACACUAAUUGUACACUACACUGUAAUGGUUGAGUACAUAAUAAUAAUAAAUAAAUGUACUCAAGCUUGACGUGGCGCGCGUUGCAGCACCGUGUUCUCCCCAACAUAAGAUUUAGAGUACUUCUCUAAAACGAGACCUUGACAGGGCCGGAUCUGGCUUUUCGCUAAAGGGGGGGUUGGCUCAGUAAAAAAGGUGGAGGGGGUAAUUAUUUUUUGUUACAUAUAGCUUUAUGGCAGCCCUAAACCCUCCCCCUAGAUCCGCUACUGUUUCAGAUUGCUAUUUCGUCUCAUAUUAUUCUAGAAAUGAUCGAGAUUAAUUUUAUGAGGGCUAGAGUAAUGAGGUGAACUGUCUUGCUCUCCAUAGCGGUGACAGUUUGGAAAUCAGUCGAUUUUUCAUAAAGAAUAAUAAGCAACUGCCCCUUCUAAAAUGGUUUUAGGAAAGAAUUAUGACGUUGAUGAUGCGUUUUUGCCGAAAGCCGUUUUUUCUUGAAUUUCUUAUCAAUUAGUGUGUAAAAAUGUAAAGAAAAAAUAUAUAUAUACCAUGCUACGUUCAAAAAAAUUAUACAAUGCAUGUAGUCAGUAGGUGAGAAUUUUAAUAAAAGCCCAGAAUGUGUAAUUAACAACCUAAGUUAAACAAUUAAACAAAAUUUAUAUCCAAAGUCAACAAAUAAGUACAUAAUCAAUUAACAAACACAAUGCAAAUUUAGAAUCCUUUUUUCACAAUGGCACCUAUUAUUGAACAGGUUACUCUAUUAUCCGCACUUCGCUCAAAAAAAUAUUUCAAUUGCUGGAUGUCAUAUAGAGUACACUCAACGAAGUGUGAAUAGCUCUAGUCUUUGAGACAUCCGCCGGGCUGUUGGCACUACAUUAGGGGCUUGUCAGAGCAGCUAUUUGAUUAUAAUACGAGUUUUGUUAUCUCUUGUCUUUUGUCGUCACACACAGUCGGCUCUGAAUGGACAAAUUAGAAUGACGAUAUAUGAUUACUGGAAGCUUAUAUUUGGGGAAUAUUCUUUUACCAAAGUCAUAUUUCAAUGAACUUGUUUUGUUAGACUGAAAUUCGUUUGUAAAAAAAAUAUAUAUAUAACGAAAGAUACAUUGGCUAACGUAAAUCACGAUGUACAACUCUACACAGAAUCCCUGCCCUACUCAUCCCGAUCUCAGCAAAGCUGCAAGGUCCGGGUUAGCCUUUGGUUUCAUCCUUAGCAUGCUUAUCAGUUUCCCUGGCAACAUCCUUGUCAUCGUUACCGUGGUAACCAACAGGCGCAUGCGUACUGUUACCAAUUACCUCAUUGUCAAUAUGGCAGUCGCAGAUCUUCUCUUAACGGUCUUCAAUAUGCCCUCAACGACUUCUACUGUUAUUUCGCCGUCGUAUUUCUGGUACACCGGAGAGUUUUGGAUUGCUAUGUGUAAGCUUUUACCAUUUAUACAAUCCGUUAGCGUCGCUAGUUCAGUUCUUAACAUGACAGCCAUCGCUGUCGAUAGAUUUUUCGCGGUCGUUCUUCCCUUGCGAAGGUACAUCACAUUCAACGUGGCUUACAUCAUGAUGGCCGCCGUCUGGGUUGUCGCCAUUGGGGUCAGCGCCCCGUUCCUUUACGCGCAGAACGUCAUAUCAUUUCCCGGCAUGCCUGGAAAGGUAGCUUGCAUGGAAACGUGGAAACAUCCCAUUGAGCAGUUAAUGGAGAUAUCGGAGCCGAAAGACUUUACUGUGGUGCUUUUCGUUGUGUUUUACGUACUGCCUCUCAUUGUCAUGAGUGUGUUGUAUUCUGUUGUGAUUUAUAAGCUGUGGAUAAGAAAGUUACCGGGGCAAAGAAGCGAGUUGAAUCAGCAGCGGGCCGAUAGAUCAAAAAAGAAGGUCUUGCGCAUGCUCCUAAUAGUGCUACUGCUGUUUGCACUCUGCUGGCUCCCCGUUCACGUGACUUCCUUCAUCUUGUUUUUCGGCACGUGUUCGCCUCCGCCCAUUCUUACCUGGAUCGGCUACCUUCUAUCCCAAGGCAACAGCGCAAUCAAUCCCUGCAUCUACGUCAUUUUUAAUGAGAGCUACCGACAAGGCUUUGCGCGCUUGGUGUGUUGCUUGUGUCGACGCAAGGGGAGUAGGAUGGUGAGGCCUGGCGUGACAGUUAUCGGCAUGGACAAUACUUAUAUUGAUGGCGUCACAAGGUCGAAUAUUGCCUCACCUUCACCUCGCAUGCUCCGAGAUACAUACACAUGAGAGUCCCGGAUGUCUCGAUUAGAAUAAAUCGCGGGCCUUAGUGACUAUGCCCAAGAGAUGGAAACUAGAAAAUCACGGAUACGUGGAGAUUGAUAAUAUCAACAGGGUUUAUAGUUAUGUUGGAUGUUUUUUUUUUACAUCCGGGAGCUUGGUGAUGAUGUCCACGAGGUACCGAUUUUCGCGUGAAAGAGAAUAUUCUCAUUCGGGAACUAUGGUGAUAUGACCAAUGGAUAAGGGGUAUCGGAUGCUUGUGGAGAAAAUCAUUGCAUCCGGGAUUUAAUAAUGGCGUCCAAAGAGAUAAAAAUUGACCAGGUUGCUUGAGAGAAUCAAAACCUCUCAACUUGAGGUCUCGGAUGAACAGAAUCGAGGGUUAAUCUUUGGAUCUUAGAGAAACUUCAACUAGGGCGAGGAACACCUAUAAAUCUUUAGAAAACCCUGAUACCAAUAAUAAAGACAGCUGAAAAACAAACAGCUAAGACCCAUUUUAGUGGCCAUGUUAUCCAUAGGCCGUAUACGGAUAACACGGAAGAUUUACUUCUGAUUAAUGUGCUAUUUCAUAUAAGGUUGCACAAAGAAUCCAUGUGUCGUAGCCCGCGGUGAUUCAUGGGUACCAAAUAAAUGGGCGAAUAAGCCAAAAAUAAACCAAAUCCAAGUUGAAUUUUUUAGGGGGGGAGGACUUGCCCCCAGUGCCCCACACCCUGCUACGGCCCUGCGUGCCUUCCAGAGACCAAGAUUGACCCAUUUAUACGUUACCCAUGACUAACUGCGGGUUAUGACAUCACAAUGAUAGUCCUUCUUUGAAAUGUAGGUGUAUACUGUACACCGGGUUAUAGCUGACUUGAGCUACGAGUUCUGUGCACAUUAACUACAAUCAUAUCGCUUAACUUAGCCUUCAUAUAAAUCUUUAGUUUUAGAGUAAGUUGGACUGUUUAGACUUAGUAGAUCUCGCAAGUAUUCUAAGUCAUUUUCAAGUCAUAACAUUUAAUAACGCUAACUUGAUAUUUGGGUAUUUUUAGUCAAAGUUUUUCCUGAGCAGAAAUAAGCUUAGUACCUGGAAAUAGCAUUACUAGCGAAGAUAUACAGGCAUUGCAGCAAAUCGAAAAUAUGUCCUUUAUCUUUUUGGGUUUCCUGUGUUGUUUUAUGGUCUCCUGCAUAUCAGUUAAUCUUGUUUAAACGAAAAACUGUCGUUUUUCAAGCUCGCUCGGUCAAUUCCUUAUUAGGCAUUGCAUACCAUAUUUGGGAGUCCGCUUCAAUCAUUUUUUCGCUUUUUUAUCGCUCUAGAGCUUUGUAAGUCGAGAUUUCCACGUAAACGUUCUUGUUUACGAUUUUGCUGGCAGCGAUCUUGGAUAUGAAGCCUAGUCCCUAACGUAUUAGAAUAUCACAGGUCUCCCGCGGGCUCGCCCAGGCUCUUUUAGACAAUUUAGAAAAAAGACAGCCAUUGAUUGAUAUAUAAAAAACCUCCACAGGGAGGGGGGGGGGGGUAGGGGGCAACAUAAACAUUUAUUAAGGAAUCUGAUUGUAAUUUCUGCCUUGUGCAAAGUUUGGGAUUUUCUAGAGAAUCGAUCUGUUGUUGCAUCUCCUACAAGGAAAGCCCAGAUCGUUCCAAAAGCUGCCAAAACGCUAGUAAACUAGCACAGUAUGUGUGUAUAACAGGGUGACAAACUUAUACGGGUGAUCACUAACUAUUAAAAAUCAUGGCACAAAGACA